AUGAACAACCAGCACUACUUACCCCGUCCUGUAUAUACUGCUAACCCUCCAACUUCCAACCCUCGGACCUUCCAACCUUUCGACGCCACCGGCUGGCUCCUUGACACACAACGACAAUACACCCAAUCCAUCCAUUACCAACAUCUCCUCUACCAGAUAUUCCACGCCUCCGAUUACUGGUGGAAUGAAUUUCUCGCGUUCUGCGAUGUGUUUCUACGACCCAGAUUCUCCCUCUCAAACACAACUGUAUGGAAUUUCUACAGCACUCCACAAAUCCGCGGAAUGCGAUCGGAGUAUUUAACAGCAGGUCGGAGUUUUACAAACGAAACUGGAGAAAUUUGUAACUGGUUGGCUUUUUGUCUUAGGGAGUUGAGAAAUAAUGAUAUUGAAUGGCACUCAUAUGCUACAAUAUCUUCAUUGGGGACGAGGAGAGAGGAAAUUCGAAGUGGCAGACAAAAUGAAAUUUCGAGUGGAAGAAGAGAGAGAAGAGAGCGAGGACAGGGGGACCCUUAUCUUUCGGUAGAAUGGUGGUGGAGUGGGGAUGUUAUAGAGUUUACCUUGAAUUAA